UCAAGACAGGGAGAGGGAGAGAGAAGAGAAAGAUUGCAUGGCCAAAACCAUGUCUUCCUCCUCCCCUUCCAUCCAAGCCUGCUCCUACCACAACCGCAGUACUCACACCGUCAUCUCCGACCUCAACGGAACUCUCCUCCGCUCAGCCUCCUCCUUCCCUUACUUCGCCCUCGCCGCAUUUGAGGCCGGCGGCCCUCUUCGUCUUCUUUUCCUCCUCCUCCUCUACCCUCCCUCCCUUUUCCUCCACCACUUCGUCUCCGAAUCCGCCGGCAUCAAAGUUCUCAUCUUUGCUUCGCUCGCCGGAGCAAAAUUAUCAACCAUCGAGUCUGUAGCACGUGCCGUUCUGCCCAAGUUCUAUGUGGAGGAUUUGCAUCCGGAGACAUGGCGGGUGUUGUCAGCGUGCGGUCGGCGGUGCGUGGUGACGGAGAGUCCAGCGGUGAUGGUGGGGCCGUUUUUGAAAGAGUAUUUGGGGGUUGACGAGGUGGUGGGGACGGAGCUUGGGGUCUAUAGAGGAAGGGUUACAGGGUUGGUGCGUGACAGUGGAGUGCUCGUCGGAGAGAGGAAGGCUGAAGCGUUGAAAAGGGUGUUUGGUGGUGAAUUGUUGCCGCAGACAAUUGGGAUCAGUCAUCGGAAUUCGGAUGGCGCUUUCAUGAAUCUCUGCAAGGAAUCCAACAUGGUGCCACCCAACCCAGAACUCCCUGCAGUGUGGUCAGCUCACCUCGCCAAACCCAUCAUCUUCCAUGACGGCCGCGUUGUCCAAAAACCACCCCCGCUCCUAUCCCUCCUCACCGUCCUCUACCUCCCCUUCGCCUUCUUCCUCUCCAUUUUCUGCAUCGCCGUCGGCGGUCUCCUCCCCAUCCACCUCUCCCUCCUCGCCCUUCGUUCCCUCGGUGUAGGCAUAAUCAUCCAAGGCACAACUCCACCUCCCAACGUCAUACUCUUUGUCCUCUGCCACCGCACUCUCCUAGACCCAGUCUUCCUCUCCUUCUUCCUCUGCCGCCCCAUCCCCGCCCUCACCUACUCCCUCUCCCGCCUCUCCGAACUCAUCUCCCCAAUUAAAACCGUUCGUCUCACCCGUGACCGCGCCACCGACGCCGCUGCCAUCAAAAGACUCCUAACCCGAGGCGACCUUGCCAUAUGCCCUGAAGGAACCACUUGUCGUGAGCCUUUUUUGCUGAGAUUCUCUGCUCUGUUUGCUGAAUUGACCGACGAAAUCGUGCCGGUAGCCGUGAAGGUUAGGAUGAGCAUGUUCUACGGAACGACGGCGAGAGGGUGGAAAGGAUUGGAUUCCUUUUACUUUUUCAUGAAUCCAAGACCAGUUUAUGAAGUGAGUUUUUUGAGCAAGUUGGGGAAAGAGCAUACAUGUGGAGAAGGAGGGAGGAGUAGUUAUGAAGUGGCUAAUUAUGUGCAGAGAAUGAUUGCAGGGGGAUUAUCGUAUGAGUGUACGAGUUUGACGAGGAAGGAUAAGUAUAUGGUUUUGGCAGGGAACCAUGGAGCGGUGGUGGAGAAGAAGAGGGGGAGGGUGGUCGGAGGAAGAGGAGGAAAGUGUGCUGUUAGAGUUGUUUAUUACUUGUGUUCUUUUUGGGAGAAGGUUCGCAGUGGGAGGGUUUGGGUGAGGUUUAUCGGCUAAGGAUUGGUUUGUGAUGUCUGGAAGAAUGAUUUGGAACUUUGUAUUACUGGUUCGGUGUCUUGUUUCUGAUAUGAAUGAAAAUAAUGUGUUUUUACA